UUUUAAAAUCUUUUGUCCCCCAAAUCAGAUUGAAAGUUUUGCUUGCAACUGAUAUUUAAACCCAGACACACCUACAAAUUACAAAACAUUUCAUUAGGCAUGACUAAACUAUAAUACUGAGUUGUAACCAAUCAGAGCAUUUGUGUCUGUUAGUGAGGUCAGGCAUUUGGUUUACUUAAAUGGAGAGGGCUGCUCUCUCAUUCACACACUGCUAAGAACCAGGAUCACUCUUCAGUUGAAAACGUUCUUCAAGACGAACACACAAUACUAACAUGCAUAGUAAAGAUCAAAUCUGCCAUGAGGACUAUCAGAGAACUGCAGACUGGCUGCUGUCCCAGACACAACACAGACCAAAAGUAGCCAUCAUCUGCGGUUCCGGACUGGGAAUGCUGGCAGAUGCACUCAAAUGCCAAGACUCUUUCAAAUACUCUGACAUCCCUGGCUUUCCUCAGAGCACAGUGAAGGGUCAUGCUGGAAGGCUGGUUUUUGGAGAGCUCAAAGGGAAGACCUGCGUGUGCAUGCAGGGCCGAUUCCACAUGUAUGAGGGACACUCACUAAGCAAGGUCACUUUUCCAGUAAGAGUGUUCAAGCUGCUGGGUGUCGAAACCUUGAUUGUCACUAAUGCUGCAGGGUCAUUAGCGGACAGUUAUAACUGUGGUGAUAUUAUGAUCAUACGUGACCACAUUAACUUCCCUGGACUUGCUGGACUGAACCCGCUCAAUGGCCCUAAUGAUGAUAAGUUUGGUCCUCGAUUUCCACCCAUGUCUGGGGUUUAUGACAAAAGCCUACGGAAGAUGGCGUUUGACAUCUGUAAGAGCAUGGGCGUCUCCCAGUAUGUCCAAGAAGGCGUCUACUGCAUGGUGGGAGGACCCAACUUUGAGAGCAUAGCUGAGGCCCGCCUCCUGCACAAACUGGGAGUGGAUGCAGUUGGAAUGAGUACUGCACCAGAAGUGUUGGUCGCCAGUCAUUGUGGCAUGAGGGUCUUCGGUCUCUCCCUCAUCACUAACAAAGUGGUGAAAAGCUAUGAGGAUAAUGAGUCUGUCAAUCAUGAAGCUGUGCUGGAAGUGAGCAAAAUGCGUUCGGAGACGCUGCAGGCGCUCGUCACAGAGCUCAUCAGCCGCAUGGACAUAAACAACAACACGGCGUGAUGUCAUCAACACUAGAACUGCCGAUCAAAACCUCAUCUGCAGCUACUAUGAUCAUGUUUUUCAUUUCUUUAUACUUUUCAAUGCAAUUACAGAGCAUCUGUUUCAAUAACACAUUUUAAAUAUUUAAAUGUUAAGAUUUUACUAUUUGCAGUGAUCACAAAUAUAAUCUAGUUUGAUGGUGCCAUAACAACAAAUGUAAAACACUGGGCUAUUCCAUAUGUUAUUCAUUAAAUGUUAGUCUUUUUUGUGCUGUGAAGGCUGUAUAUGCAUUUGUAUAUUGAUGAUUUCAUAAUAUUAAUCCCACCUUUAUUUGGGGAAUUAUGCAGAAAAAAAAUUUAUGUACUGCUAUUCAUUAAACAAAGUAAUAUAAUUCCCAAUGUUAAUAUGUUGACGAUAAAGUUGGAUAUUUGAAUCAUUGUUAUGCUAUUUAUAAUACAUUUUAUAUUUACUGUUUGUGUUGUAAAUGUGCCACUAAAUAUACACCUUUUUGUAUAACCUACUCUUCUAUAAACAUGCAUCUUAUCUAUAAUGCAGAUAUGUCAGCAAUUAAAGUGUAUUU